GAAAGACCUGAGAGAAAAAUCCAGAGGCGGGCAAAGAGCGAGAACGGGAGGCCACAGCUGGUACCUCCCAUGUCUCCAAGAAGGUGUGUGCCGUUUCAGCGGUUGUGCGCCCAGAGAGGGAGAUUUGUUCUUCCUUUUCGUCUCUCAGAUGCCUUCUUCAGACCUCACCUGUUCACUUCGCUGUCUCCUCCCCUUUUCCUCUCUUUUUCCCUCUCUCUUCUUUGCCUCUCUCUUUUUUCUCCAUUGUUGUCUCUUCUUCUGUCGCCUCUUUCUCGCGUUCCUCCGCUGUGUGUCGCGCGAGCCGCUGCCUUUUACCGCGCUCUUCCCCCUCGGGGGCUGCGUUUUCUUUCUCGCCAGGCGCCUGCAUCGUCGCCGGGCUUUCUCUCUCGCUUUGGAACUCCUUCGUUUCCUCUCUCUGGACUUCUUUGUCUCCGCGCUGCGGCUGCUCUCCGCCUUCGUUUUCCUCCGCCGUUGUGGAGGCAGUCGCGAGAAGAGACUCUGCUCUCGGAUUUCGGAACUGAGUAGAGAAAGGCAGCAACAAACAGCUGAGAAGGACGAACGGCGAGACAGCGCGCACUGCCUGCCGCUCGCGACAAGUCAGAUUAGGAAAGAACGGGAACCGCUGCGUCACGCUGUCUACGAGCAAACGGUCAACACUCUGACGGACGAAAACAAGACAAAAGAGCGAAAAGAUAGAGCAGAAAGAAAGGGAGAAAGGCGCGCAGCAGAUCCACCACACAGCAGCGGAGCACUUUGGGCCAGGCGCUGCCGGUAGAAAUGCAGUCUUGUGCUUGACCGAGAAGAGGAAGCGAGGAAGCAGAGAAGGAGCAGAAAGAC